UUUUAGUAACGCAAAGGUCCUUUACUCUAAAAACAGAAAACAGCAUUUAGGAGGUAAAAGAAGAGAGGGGUGAAAGCCUGCAGUACUGAAUAUUACUGAAGGUGGAACAUGGCAGCUUCAGAAGGGUGCCGUUCAAACACCUUGAAAGAAGCGGAAGACAUAGCUCAGUUACUGAGCGAGGCCCUCACCUCCGGGCACAGAGAGGAGGCCGUGAAGUAUGCAGACCAGCUUGCGGGACUGCAUCUGCCUGUGUCUGUGAGGCUCUGCCAGGAGGCAUAUUCCCAGGAUUCUAUACGGCUGAAAGUGGGAGUAGAAGAUGCCCAGCUGGACUCUUCUGUUCCCAUCACCAUGUCAGUAACACCCGACAUGACCAUCUCGGAUCUCAAAGCCAAGGUGAACCAGGACUACGGGUUUCACCCAACCUUGCAGACGUGGGUGAUUGGGAAGCGCCUGGCUCGGGACACCGAGACGCUGUACAGUCAUGGCGUGAAGAGGGAUGGAGACAUGGCCUUCCUCUACAUCAGGUCAGCCAAGACAGCCCAGCUGAGCCGAGAGCAGCAGAAACAGGAGGACGAGAACCGUCGCCUUGAUGGUAUCAUUGAGACCAUGGAGAGGUAUUCCUUGGAGCCCAGGGGCACAGGGCAGAUAACUGUGAUGAAGAGGCAAGAGGGCGUGGUCAGGGAAGUGAAAAACCCGCCACCUCCAGUGCCCCCUAAACCUGCAGCUCUGCCAUCAACGCCCCAGGUGGGAUGGUCAUGUUCACAGUGCACAUACGUGAACAAGCCAACCAGGCCAGGAUGCGAGAUGUGUGGGAUGGAAAGGCCAGCAGAUUACAAAAUACCAGACAUCUACGAGCCGGAUGCUCAGGAAGUUCUUCGACUCCAGCAAGAGGAGGUUGCCUGUUUGCAGUAUCAGCAGGCACUGGAGGAUGAGAGGCAGAAGAACUUCAUGAGUCUGCUGCAGACAGACGAGCACAGUCUAGUGCCCAAUACUGAGGAGGUCGACUGCCCCAUCUGCUAUGGCACCAUCUUACCAGGGGAGGGCGCUACACUUAGAGAGUGCCUGCACAACUUCUGCAAAGAUUGUCUGAAAGGAACCAUCACCAACAGCCUGGAUGCAGAGGUGACAUGCCCUUACAUGGAUGAGAACUACUCCUGCAACAGCAAGCUGCAGGACAGGGAAAUAAAAUCUCUGCUCUCUCCGGACGAGUAUCAGAAGUUCCUGGAGCUGAGGCUGAGCAUUGCUGAGACUCGCAGUGAAAACAGCUACCACUGCCAGACGCCCAACUGCGCGGGCUGGUGCAUAUUCGAAGACGAAGUGAACGAGUUUGAAUGUCAGCUUUGCAACGAAACCAACUGCAUUCCCUGCAAGGCCGUUCACAAAGACAUGAAUUGCAAGGAGUACCAGGAUGAUCUUCGCAUCAGAGCUGAAAACGACCUCGCUGCUAAGCAGACCACGGACAUGCUGAAUACCAUGCUGGAGACCGGUGAAGCCAUGCACUGCCCCAAGUGUAAGAUCAUCGUGCAGAAGAAGGACGGCUGUGACUGGAUCUGCUGUGUGAUGUGCAAGACUGAGAUAUGCUGGGUGACCCGCCAGGCCCGCUGGGGUCCCAUGGGGCGUGGAGAUACCUCAGGGGGGUGCAGGUGCAGAGUAAAUGGACCCUGUCACCCCAGAUGCCAGAACUGCCACUGAAUGCACUCCUCGGCAGCCUAGGCCUGAUGGGUUUCGGGGCGGGGGGCGGGGGGGUCUCCUUGGGGACAGGAGCAUCCCACUCAGGAGACACUGAGGAGCUCAACAGUUGAGGUGCACAGCUGAUUGCUGUUUCACUCUUCAGCGUGACAGUCUGAGGUGUGGCAUCUGGGGCGCUUUGGAUUAUGCCAGAGAAAAUGUUUAUAGUUCAAUCUCUACCCAUGGAGGCAAAUUCAAAGCAUGCCACUUUUUAAAGUAAGCCUAGUAAUAUUGUCUUGUGCUCUGGAUUCAGUAGUGAGAACGGAGGGAGUGUUUCCCUGGCUCAUGUUGUAUUUUACAGAUUUUGAAAAAGUUGAUACUGAAUUUAUUUGAUUGCAGUCCUCAUUGCUUUAUAUUCUGAAAAAAAAAGCAGGGAAUACUGAGAGCAACAUUCUGUUUGGGCCCUGAUAAGUUUAUUUUGAUAGUCUUGUAUUUAGGCUUUGAGCAUUGUCUUGCUUGGCCUGUGUUUAUUAUGAACAAGAGCUGCUGUGUCUUUGUUUACUGUGAUUUUUUUUUAUACAGUUAGACAUUCUAAGACAAACUAGGUGGUGUAUGAAAGUUGCAAAUAUUUGCAGUUUCAGGAAGCUUUUCAGAGUUUUUGCAGAAGAAAAUGAUGCAGAUCGCAAAGUGAGCAAAAAACGAUUGCAAAAUUAAUGUUGAGAUGGAAAAAGUGAAGUAUUGGGAAGUAUAUCAUUGUGAGAGAUUAGUUUUUUUGCGCUAUUUCCAACAUGGUUUAUUCUUGUUGUCAUGUUGCUUUUAUUACACUACAGCUAUGUUGACAGUUUUAUCCAGGGUGCCUCAGAUUAUUGCUUUUUCUGAGAUUAAGUUAAGAACACUGUAUGCAGUAUGUUCCAUUCUCAAUGUUUUCAAAUGUAUGUACAGCAAUAAUGUUAAAAUGACAAACUAGCUGAUACAUGUUAUACAGACAACUUCUGACCCAACACGAUUUAUAUAAACUCAUCUGAAUUCGUGAACGGCCUGGGAUCCAAUAAGUAAAGUGUGGACCAGAAAUUCAAAUUUCACAUUCAAGAAUGAUUGGAUGAUCUUGAUUUCAGUUACAAUUAUUUUGUUUGUAAUAAUCAGUAUUCCAAUAACAACAUCUCUAAAUAUUACCUGAUUUUAUCACCUGGACAUGAGAGUCCAAACAUGAGAGUGAUUUUAUUUCUUUCAUGAAAACGCUAUGAAAAAGUGUAUUAAUAUGAAAAUAAUCAG